AUGACGACGAAAGGUCCGAUCGCAGCAGCUCCGAUAGAUGAGGUACCUCUUACCGAGGCAGAGGCUCCCAAGUCUACUGUCGAUAUCAAGACCGGAGAGAUAGCAAACAAAGACGAGCUGCCUUUUGACCCGACAGCGCUCCAAGCAAAAUACCUUCAAGAGCGUGAUCGACGUUUAGCACGAGACGAAGGUGUAGAGCAAUAUAUACUCCUCGAUGGCAGCUUAUCACACUACUUGGACGAUCCUUGGGUCGAGCCGGGGUUUCAGCGCGAGCCUAUUGAAGAAGAGACGGAGGUGGUAAUCAUCGGUGGUGGUUACGGUGCUCAGGUCUGCGCCGUGCGGUUGAUUGAGGCUGGCAUCACAGACUUUAGGAUCAUCGAGAAGGCUGGGGACUUUGGUGGAACAUGGUAUUGGAAUAGGUAUCCCGGGGCGCAAUGCGACAUCGAAUCCUACAUCUACAUGCCCCUGCUAGAAGAAGUCGGAUACAUGCCUACGGAGAAGUAUGCUCGUGCCAAAGAGCUUCUCAGACACUCACGUAUGAUUGGCGAAAAAUACGACCUUUACUCGCGAGCUCUCUUCCAGACCGAAAGUAAAGAGAUGCGAUGGAACGAAGAAGAAGGAAAAUGGACUACGCACACAGCGCGCGGCGACAAGAUCAAGUCACGAUUCGUGAUCCCCGCCGCUGGUCCUCUUCAUCGACCCAAGUUUCCCGGCUUGAAAGGCAUUGAAGACUUCAAAGGCCAUUCAUUCCACUCCUCGCGCUGGGACUAUGCCUACACGGGCGGCGACGCAUCGGGGAACCUGCUCAAACUCAAAGACAAGCGUGUGGGUAUCAUCGGUACAGGCGCGACAGCCGUUCAGAUUGUGCCUCAUCUGGGUGAGUGGGCAAAGCAGCUCUACGUCUUCCAACGUACGCCCUCUUCGAUCGACGUUCGUGGCAAUCGCCCGACGGACGAGGCAUGGGCACAAUCGCUCCAGAAAGGAUGGCAGAAGAAGCGCAUGGACAACUUUGACAACAUCGUCAACGGCGGCUACGAGAAAGAAGACAUGGUAUCCGAUCGAUGGACAGACAUCAUCCGGUCUCUAAUCACCGCCGGCAUCGACCCAAACAACCCCGUCGAAGCUGCAGCUAAGCGACAAAUCGCAGACUUCAAGAAGAUGAACGCUAUCCGCGAUCGAACCGACGAGAUUGUGAAAGACAAAGAAACAGCCGACGCUCUGAAACCAUGGUACAACCAAUUCUGCAAGCGCCCCUGCUUCCACGAUGAGUAUCUACCGACGUUCAACCGUCCUAACGUCACGCUCGUCGAUACGAAAGGCAAAGGUGUUGACCACCUCACCCCCACCGGCGUCGUAGCCAACGGCCAAGAAUACGAACUCGACUGCCUCAUCUACGCCACUGGUUUCGAGCUCGCAAACGAAUGGUCGCACAAAACCGGCAUCGAGAUCUACGGCCGCGACAAUCAGACCAUAACCGAGAAGUGGGCUGAUGGUGCACAGACACUGCAUGCAUGGGGAACGCGCAACUUUCCCAACUGCCUCUUCGUCCAGAUCGUGCAAGCGGCUCUUACGCCGAACUUCAUGCACGUCACUAACGAGCAGGCGAUUCAUUAUGCGUACAUCAUCUCGGAGUGCAAGAAGCGGGGCAUCAGGACUGUGGAGCCGAUGCAAGAUGCGGAGGAGGCAUGGACGAAAACGAUUGUUGAUGGGACGGCGAUCCGGGGUGACUUCCUCAAGGAGUGCACGCCCGGGUACUACAACAACGAAGGCAAAGAUAGUGAGAGGGAGAAGAGGAAUGCGACGUUUGGGUAUGGAAGUCCGGCGUUUAUUAAGAUCCUGAAUGAUUGGAGAGAGGAGGAUGGAAUGAAGGGCGUGGAUGUUACGUAUGCCAAGGACGAGGCGGCCGAUGCGCUUGCUAGAAGUCGUAUAUAA